AUGAACACCAAUGUCUGCGUGGAGCCCGGGCCGAGCCCGGAGGCCCCGGGCUUGCCCAAGGAAAGCCACCUGCCCGAGGGGGCCCUGAACAGCCUUGUGGAUUACAACUCGGAGAUGGAGCGUUACCGCUCCUUUGCCACCUCCUUCUACAAGACCAACGGGGGCGCCUUCCCGCAGGCAGCCAAGAUCGCGCGCAUCACCACCCCCAUCUUCCCCAGCAGCGCCGCCGCCGCUGCGGCCGCCGCGCGCAUCGGCAUGUCCCCGUGGAACUGCGACAACGCGGCCACCGCCGCCGCCACUGCGAUGCUCUGGGGCAGCGGGGGCGGCGGCGGGGGCGGCGGGGGCGGGGGUGGGGGCGGCGGGGCCGGCAGGAAAUCCUCCUCGGCCGCCGCCUCCUCCUCCGCCUCCUCCUCGGCGAUCCUCCCCUCCGCCGGCGGUGGUGGCGGCGGCGGUGGUGGUGGUGGUGGCGGCGGCGGCGGCGGCGGCAGGACCAGCAUGCACCACCGGAACGACUCCCAGCGGCUGGGGAAGGCUGGCUGUCCGCCAGAGCCGUCGUUGCAAAUGGCAAAUACUAAUUUCCUCUCCACCUUAUCCCCCGAACACUGCAGACCUUUGGCGGGGGAAUGCAUGAACAAGCUCAAAUGCGGCGCUGCUGAAGCAGAGAUAAUGAAUCUCCCCGAGCGGGUGGGGACUUUUUCCGCUAUCCCGGCUUUAGGGGGCAUCUCAUUACCUCCAGGGGUCAUCGUCAUGACAGCCCUUCACUCCCCCGCAGCAGCCUCAGCAGCCGUCACAGACAGUGCGUUUCAAAUUGCCAAUCUGGCAGACUGCCCGCAGAAUCAUUCCUCCUCCUCCUCGUCCUCCUCGGGGGGAGCUGGCGGAGCCAACCCGGCCAAGAAGAAGAGGAAAAGGUGUGGGGUCUGCGUGCCCUGCAAGAGGCUCAUCAACUGUGGCGUCUGCAGCAGUUGCAGGAACCGCAAAACGGGACACCAGAUCUGCAAAUUUAGAAAAUGUGAAGAGCUAAAGAAAAAACCUGGCACUUCGCUAGAGGUCAGAGGAGAUGAUUUCUUGUUUCCCAGUGUUGCCCCCUCCCUCCUCACCCCCUUCUCCUCUCCCCCACAGGGUUUCUUGUCUGGCUUCAAGACGCAGCACGCCCUUUUCUGA